UUUUUCUAGGGGCUCUGUUAUUUGUGAACACAAUGAAAAGUUCAGACAAUGAUGUGAUAACUGACAGACUUACCAGGCUCAAGAGCUCAAACGAAUGGCUGGAGCCCCAGCCACUUUCCUUCAUGGAGGCAUUAGCUAAAGAAGAUAUUGAUGCAGCUAUUCAAUCAAUAUUAUACAGAGAAAAUUAUAUAAUUAAGGAACUAGGUAAGUAUUUAAAGCAUCAUGACUUCUUAAAUGCAAGAAAAAAAGAGAUAUUAUAUAAAAGAUGGGUUGACCAUGUGGCAGAUCCUCUCCAGAAGAGAAUUAUAGAAAAUGUUGCUUCACAUAAGAAGAUUAAAAAAAGGAGACAAGAGGAAUUAGAUGCUUUUUUAAAAUACGUAAAUAAAAAGGGAAAUGCAUUUAUAGAGCAUUAUGAUCCAAAAGAAUAUGAUCCUUUUUACAUGAACAAAGAGGACCCGAAUUUUCUGAAGGUUACCAUCCCACCAUUUCGUGACCCUUUGAAAAAGGCACAAUAUGACAAAGACGAUGGAAAAAGAAUUCUUCUUCAGUGUGAGACUGGCAGAAUAUUUACAAUGAAAGAAUUUAAAGAGGUUGAGAAGGCCAAACUGCAUUCCAGAUUUCCAGGAAUUUCUAAUUCAAGGCACUUUAUGACUCCAAAUGAGUGGCUUAAACUGCCUACAAACUACAUAGAGAGUGAAUUUUGUAAAAGGAGCAGGUUAAAAGUAAAAGUGAAUUUUAACGAAAGUAGUUUUGACUUGAAACCCUCUGCAAAAACUCCUCAUCUUCUGGAAUCCCAGGAAGAAGAAAAAGCAGUUGUUUACAAAUUUUAGCAACCAAGGAGCACACACCCUGAGCCUUGGCUGGUAAAAGAGGACACAAAAGAAGGCUGCUUCAAAGGAAGCCAUCUGCCAGCAGGAAUCAUUCAGGAUGAGGAGCAAGAAAGGCGCUCAAGAAUUGUUCUGUGUCUAAGAAGAGCAUCUGCAAUAAACUUCAUCUUUGAGUCCAGUGUCUGUAUGAUCAUUAAGAAAUGACAGUACUGUAUAUUGACAGUUAUUGCAAAUGUAUUUCCCCAGGAGUUAAGAAAUGUUGCCUGAAAGAUACAAUAAAAAUACUAAUAGCUGCC